GCGGAUUUAGCGAUAUGAAAAUUUGCAUUAGGUUGACUUUAUUGUUUUCUUGUUGUCUGUUAAUUCCAGUCUGCAGAGCAGCCGUUGACCCAUGCCCUGCAAAGUCCUCAGUCUCCAGCCAACUGCCUGAGCUGGACUUCCCUGGCUUUUGAACUCACAUGCAGUCAGAGCUUCUCCCUGACCAAUGUAUCAUUUAUUAUAUGCAAAGAAAGUGCAGAUUGAAGCUCCCUGUCAGAUGUCGUACUUGAAUUUAAUGAUUGUCUUAAUGACUUCUAUUUCACUUUCGGGCAUUAACAAAUACUCGCUGAGCAAAUAAGAAUCCACCUUUGAUUGAUUUACUCAUUUUGCCUCUGAUUUUUUUUUAAUGCUGCAUCCAGGCAAGUCAAUGAAGCAUUAAUCUGAGUUUCUGUUUAUUUCAUCGUAUGCUUAUCAUUAUUCAUGCUGCAACUGCAUGUUAAAAUCCCAAAGUAAACUAAAUAGUUCAAUACAUUGACAGGACACCACAAUUUCAUUAUUAUUGAUUGCAUAACAUUAGAAACUGAGCCCUCUUUCAUGCUAAUAGAAAGUGUUGGCCAUCUUCCAUCUAGAAAGCAAGUCGACUUGGCCAAGAAUAUGUCAACUGGUAAAGAAAGCCACGCUGCAGAUGCUUUUAGCUUAUGCUAUCUGCCAUGGUUCGAAAUCUACUACAAGUUGCUAAAUACUCUGGCAGACUACUUGACAAAACAACAGGAAAAUGACUUGAAUGACAUGCUGAAUUCUCUCUAUGAUCUGCCUGUGCCAAAGCCCUUCACGCCAGUCAACCUGAGUGUGAAUGAGCAGUUGUAUAUUGCCACUGGGCAAGUACUGAGAGAUCGGCGAAGCGCGGAGCCGCACUCCUACUUCAUCGCCCCGGAUAUCAAUGGACUUCCAACCAUCCCUGAGAGCAGGAACCUGACAGAGUACUUUGUGGCUGUGGAUGUCAACAACAUGCUCCAGCUCUACGCCAGCAUGCUGCAUGAGCGGCGCAUCAUCAUUACCUCAAGCAAGCUUAGCACUUUAACUGCAUGCGUCCACGGUGCAGCUGCUCUGCUCUUUCCCAUGUACUGGCAACACAUCUUCAUCCCUGUACUGCCCCCGCAUCUUCUGGACUACUGCUGUGCCCCUAUGCCAUACUUUGUGGGUGUUCAUCUCAGUCUGCUUGAGAGAGUACGCAGUGGAUCGCUGGAGGAUGUGGUUAUUCUGAAUGUGGACACCAACACCCUGGAGAGCCCCUUUGAUGACCUGCACAACCUGCCCGCUGACGUGGUGUCCCUUCUGAAGAGCAGGCUGAAGAAGCAGUCCACGGCAACAGGAAGUGGCGUGGCGAGGGCCUUCCUGAGGGUGCAGGCCGCGUUGUUCGGGUCCUACCGCGAUGCCCUCAGAUAUAAACCUGGGGAGCCAAUCACUUUCUGUGAGGAGAGCUUUGUCAACAACCGAUCGAGCACCAUGAGGAACUUCCUGUCGAUGGCUGUUAACCUGCAGCUCUUCAAACAGUUCAUCGACGGACGGCUGGCCAAAUUGAAUGCAGGCCGCGGCUUCUCCGACGUGUUUGAAGAGGAGAUCACAGAGGGGGGCUUCUGUGGAAGUAAUUCAAGGUCUUACCAGCAAUGGAUGCACACUGUGAAGAGAGGAGGAGCACUUAUCAACACAGCUGUAACUAAAGCAAAGAGUCAUGCCAAGAGGGGCAUCCGAGACAUUAAGGGCAGACUUAAAGCAAGGGAAGAAGAAGAGGAGGGGGUGACGGUCUGCCAGGGGUCUCCCACCAGCACCAAGAGCCUGUCUCCAAGGAGACUGCAGAAGCUGAGACGGCAAAACUUCAACAAGUAUCCCAUGAGCAUUGGCCCUCGAGAUCUUGGCUACGGGCUUGAUGAUGAUGAGCUGGACAGUGCGAGCAAAAUCUCCUCAGAGGACAGCGGGGACGUCCCUUCAUACAUCGGGGACAGCGACGACUCCUACUCACUAGAGCUGGACAUGGACUCCUCCCGCUCGGGCCAGAUGAACCUGCUAGAGGAAAUCCUGGACUCUCUGAGCACCACGACUGUGGAGCAAGGCAGACUUAGCGCUGCCAAGAGUUUGGACUUCUUCAGGUCCAUGGAUGAUUUAGACUACAAGGCCACGAGCAAACACACGCCUCCAAGCAAAUCCAAACCUGCAGAUGAGAGCGGCCGCGAUGGCGGCGGGGAUCCGGGCGGCUGGAACAUGGGGCAGGACGACAGUGCCGUGCACGGGAAACACCUCCCCCCGUCCCCACGGAGGCAGCCCAACAAGAGCAGCCUGAAGCUGACGAAGAAACCCGCAACAUCCUCCGCGGUGCCCAUCAUCGCCAACACGCCCCCGGCCCCCCAGGAGGCGGACUUCUCCAGGUCAUAUCCUCACCAGCUCAGCUAUGAGCCUCACCUUCUACCUCCGGGGCGGCAAACGAGAGACCGGUUCUCCUACUCACCCUCGGCGUCCCGCAGAGUCACGCCCACGGCGCCGUCUCCCACUCUCACCCACACCCACAGCUCCCCAGCGCCCGGUUCUCAGCCAAAAUAUUCUCCCGAACCAGAGGGCCGCUCUCGGACCAUUUCAGACCCGCAAGGCCACGUGGAGCCUCCUCAGGCCCAGAGUCCGGCUGCCUCUACCAGCAUCUUGAGGAGGAAGGUGUUGUCCAAGGAGACGGUGAGGUACUACCAGGAGAAGGCCCUCCAGAGGAAGGGCAGCAAGGCCCACCAGGAGGGCCAGGGGAGCACGCCGAGCCUCAGCCCGUCAGCUGUGCAGGUCCAGUGGGAGAAGGAGGUGUCCACGGAGGGGCUAAUGGGGCUCGGCCUGUGCCUGGGUCAGGGCAAAGGCUCGGGGGCGGCUGUGGCGAAGGAUCAAGGCCUCCUGGAGGAGAUUGAGUCCAUGUGUUGCCUGGGCUCAGCCCUCCACACGAGCAUGCAGCUCUCACAGGUUCACUGCAACAGUCACCAGCAGGUCCAGAGCAAAGCCACAGACGAGUCAUAGCGCCGACAAGGACUCAGGGUCUGUAUAACGCCACUGGUUCCACUGGAAUCUAUUCGCUGCACCUCCAUCACAACUAGCUCCACAGAGAACAUGAGCUCUCUGCUAUCAGGGAACAUUCCAGACAAAUUUGAUGUCAAACAUGUAGACGCCAACACAGUCACGGCCGGGAACAAGAGCAGGAAACAGACAUCUAAGGAGAUAAAUUGGUGCUCAGCCCAACUGUCCAUCUAUGUUGAUGUGUCCGUGUAGAAAAGGGGGAAAUAACUGAUUGUGUGGAAAGAAUACUUUAACCUGCUUCUAAUAAUUGUGAGACCCUCGAAAUGCAUUUAUUUACAAUAGAAACAAGUUUUAAGUGGCACAGAUUAUAUUGCUUUUAAUGCAAGCUAGGUACCGUGGCAGUGACCACAUGGGGCAUUUUAUAUAGUUUUAGUUUCUUUAAACACAUGUAUUUAAAGUGAAUUGGAGCAGCAAAGCUUGUUUCUCACCCAAACUAUUCUCAUAGAACAAAAACAAAGACCCCAUAAGAAGUCGAUUUUUGCAGUAUUUUUACUGAUUAAGAGGCGUGUCUUUGAUCAUCUAGAUUUAUGACCAUGUAUUUUCAUUUGUUGAAUAUUUUCAUCUUGUAACACUUUCACAUGUUGUACCAGAAGGAGAAAAAAAAGCUACCCAUAGGUUACAUUUUGGUAAAGGAAUAGAAGCCAACCGGCCGUGGAGGAGUCUUCCACCUCGGCUUGGUGCUUAUGAGCAUUUAGAAGGAUGUUUUUUUACUCAGUGUUCCAAACAUUUGACAGGUUAAAUUUGCACCUCUAGAUUAACAAAUUGUAUGAAACACCUGGUACUAAAACCAUCUGAGCAAAAACAACAACGUCGGACAGGAUUUUCCCGACGCAAAGUCUGCUCUUUUGAAACCAAUAACACACUCUUUGAUACGAGCGUGUAUCUCGUGAAUAUUAUGCAACGUCAGCCUCGAAUGUUGGUCUACACUCCGUAACGUGCAUUGAGUGUGCCGAGUAGACGGCAUUUACAGAAGUACACGAUACCUAAAGCACCAAAAAUGGAUACUAUUGUUGUUUUAUUAUCACCAUGCCUUAAAUGGACAUGUGAUUUGUUCUUGAUACUCUGGUGUCUUAAUCUAUAGAUAUAUAGAUACCAUACAGGUACUUUGUAGUUAGAACUUCUGAUGCAACAGUUAGUUAAAACGGCACAGUAUUUCUCUAGUUUAAUGGAAUAGUUCCUAUUUAUAUAAUGUACUUUAAGCUGCUGUUUUUAAAUGGCACUCCGGGUAAUGAGAUGUACAUGUAGGAACCCCUCAGCAGCUGUGUGGGUUGUGCAGAGCGCUUCUGCCACUCACAAGCCACAAAAACUGUCAAAAGUUGAUGCGUUCCAUCUGAAAAGGCCAGUAUCAAGGGCCCGUGUCUAUUUCUUUCUCCAACACCACCAUCGUCAUCAUCACUCUUCCCUGUGUUGUCUCUCCUCAUGUCGUAGUGCUUUCAGCACAUCGGACUUUCACAAAAACAUUUUGAAAUGGUUGUAUUGUUUCAGAGCUUGUGUGGUUUAGAUUUAAUGUGGAAAAGGUAAACUAUACAUAAUGAGGUUGGUAAUAUUCUAUGUUUUUUAAUAAUGAACAAAUUACAUGAUGAAAUAAAUUGUGUACCUUGUCGUACUGAAAACCAAAAAUAUAAAUCUUAAAUUCUGUUAAUUUCAGUUAAAAUAAAUCUGGGCUGGGCUUUUUUAGCAAAGGUUACCCCAAAGAUAGUAAACAGUGCAUUUGUUGGGGUCACAUUUUUAAGAUAAAUACAUUUUCUUUCUCUUGAAAACAUUGUCAUGUGAACAAUGUCAUUGGUUCAUCACAGAAUAUAGAAUACCACCAAACUCACCAGAAAACUCUCUUUUCUUCCUUCAACCCGCACGUUUCACUGGAAGAAAUGCAAUCUCUGUCCCUGUAGGUCAGAGUCACACCGUGUAAUGCAACGCAGUGGUUGAUGAUUGUAAUGUAAUGAAGCAAUACGGUUCCCCUCACAGCGUAGCUACGUGGAUGCAAAGUGCACAGACGGGUCUAAAGUGUUUCUGUGACGGACUCUCCUGUGGACGCAAACGCAACGUACAGAAGUGUUGGGUUCUGAUUCUAUACAGUAACCUGCAGAAAAAAAGGACGCUUUUUCUGUGCUUGUAUUGGGAUUAUUACAUUUAUGGUUUGUUGUUCUUAUAAUUUAUGCCAGACGCCAGUCGGUGUGGCACUUUAAUAGCAGCCUUUUCUCUGCUUUUUAAGUGCUGCUGUGUGUUAACGAUUUGCUCAUAAAGUCUUUGGCGUGCUUCUAAAAGCAAAGGAACCAGUCCUUGUAAUUCCAAAAAGGAAAAAAAGACCCCAGAAGAAUCUCUUCUCUGGCCUUAUUUAUUGUAAACACUUUAAAACUUAUUUACUAUGCAAAUAUAAAAAAAUGUCAAAAGAAGGUCAGUUUUAAUCAACAGUAAUAACAUUAUAAUGCACAAGUCUACUUGAAAAAUAAUCACAAUCAAUCUAGUUUCUAGUAGAAUGAAUAAACAUGAACAUCUAUUAAAGUGUGUGAGCUUAGGUGUGUCUAUGACAGAAUGUUGUAUAGUGUGCCUUAAUCAUUGAGAGUACCACCCAGUAUAAUCAGAACAAGGUACAGUAUUAUAGAAUGGACGUGCAUGCAAUGCUUUCAGACUACCUUAAAUCACAAAAGACAACAUGGAUAAUUAUUAUAUUUAUAAAUAUGAAUUGACCUGGUUGGGUUCUAUAAAACUCACCAGAAUGACUGUGUGUGUACUGGUGUUGUUUUUAGUAGCUGUUUGGUUUUUGUGUUCCGGCUGCAGUCCGCCUGGAGUUGGUGUUUUUCUCGGUGGUCGGUGGAAAUCUUCCUGCCUGUAUUUAAUAGAACGUCUUUGAAUUUCUCUGGUUAUUUGACUUUUGUUCCAAUAGGUUCUUUCUUUGACUGUACUAUGAGGGGGUUCCUGGUAUUGUUUGUGUGAUUUCAUUUCACUUUCUCUCUUUUCUUAAACACACUCAUUCUGAGCUCAGUAUUUUUAAAGACGUUUCUCAGAGGGGUCUCUCUAGUUGAUUUCAUAUGAAUGAAAGAUUAUUUUUAACUGAAUAGACGUGUAUAUUUGCAGGCUUGAGUUUUAUUUUACAUGGAUAAUAUAUGAUUCGUACUUAUGUUGUUGAAAAAAAGACACCUGAUAUUUGAAUGUUUUAGAUUUUAUUUUUGGAAGGACAAAAAAUAGAUAAACUAUUAACAAAUCCAGUGAUAUUCAGAAGCAUUUGACACCCUCUGAUCAAAAUGAGCAGUGACUAGUGCUUGCUUGCUUAUAAGCGGUACAAUGCGUAUUGUUGUAUCUGCAUGUAUGUACCUGUGUUGUAUGCUUUUUUUAUUUAUUUUUUAUUCUGUUGGUAUUCAUUUUUAUUUCAGUAUUUAGCGCUGCUGUCAAAUCGAGAACGACGAGAAAUAAUAUUGGUUCUGGCGAAACACACUCAUUCUGCCUUGCAUUGGGUAUUGUGGAGUAAAUGUCAUCUGCCUUUCAUUUCAUAUGUUUCUACAUUAGCGGGUACUGUAAAUCCAACUGAAGAUACUGCAUAAUUUAUUAACAAAAAGAUGGCCUGCAGGCUUGUGAUUACUGACUGCCACAGUGGAAACAAUACAGUGUGAAGUAAUCAAUGUAAAGUAUAUUUGUCCUGAAAUUUCAAAUUCGGAGUGAGUUGGAGGUGACCGAUUAUGUAGCACCGUUUACAGAGGAACUAUGGAUCAGUUCCCUUUUUACUAUUUUCAGUACGUAGUCACAACUGUGGACGAGUUACAGUAUGCAACUUUAUUUCAGUCGUUUUGGGUGUUGUCACGAUGAUUAACUCUUCGGUAUAACAUUUACUGGUUUUCUGAUUCUGUGCACACUUGCAUGUUCUUAUUGCAGAGCAAACUACUGUCUUAAACAACUGAGAUCAAUCUAAUGUGCUAUUGAUGAGUAACUUGGUUAAACUGUACACACUGUAAGCACUGUGAACUGAAAAUAAAUUAUAGUGUUUAAUGCU